UGCCUCAUUGUUAUUUAUUGCAUUUAAGUCUAAUAAUACAUUAAUUAGCCGUUUUAAGGGUACAGUGAGUGCAAUAACAUACAUAACAAGCCGUGACAGCCAUGCCGAAGUGAGUAAUAUCAAAGGUGUGGCGGCUUCGUUCGGGCGUUGUUUCCUAAAGUGACUUUUGUGUUACGAAAAAAUAUUUCUACUAUCACGUCGCAAGAUGACCGAGUACAAACUAGUGGUGGUAGGUGCUGGUGGCGUCGGUAAAUCCGCAUUGACUAUACAACUGAUACAAAAUCAUUUCGUUGACGAAUACGACCCGACGAUCGAGGAUUCCUAUAGGAAGCAAGUAGUGAUCGACGGUGAGACUUGCUUGUUGGACAUUCUUGACACGGCUGGUCAAGAAGAGUAUUCUGCUAUGAGAGAUCAGUAUAUGCGAACUGGGGAGGGUUUCUUGUUAGUCUUUGCUGUGAAUAGUGCCAAGAGUUUUGAGGACAUAGGGUCUUAUAGGGAGCAGAUAAAAAGAGUGAAGGAUGCAGAGGAAGUGCCCAUGGUGUUAGUUGGUAACAAGUGUGAUCUCCAGGCUUGGGCUGUGGAUAUGACACAAGCGCGAGAAGUGGCGCGAAGUUACGGAGUACCGUUUGUUGAGACAUCAGCCAAAACAAGAAUGGGCGUUGAUGAUGCUUUCUACACUCUAGUCCGAGAAAUCCGCAAAGAUAAGGAAAGCCGUGGCAAAAAGUACAGGCGAGGAACGAAGCUAGGCUCCCGGCGUACAAAAUGUACGCUUAUCUAACAUCUAGUAUUGAUAGUCAUUACGUAUAAUGAUUUUCAAUGUGGGCUUCAACGGACCUUAUCCAAUGUUCAUUAAUUCUCCGGCAUUAUAUACAGUCUGACGCAUUUGAUAGUAAUCGUGCCAUUAAAUAAUAAAUAUUUAGUUCUUUGUCUCAAAUAUAUAUGACAUUAAACCACACGUGGCCUCCGUGUAUCGUAUUGCCAAUAAUAAAAAUAAAAUUGUUUCGCAUAUUUUUAUACUUAUUCAUUGUAAAAUAUAUUAUGACCUUUUUUUUAAACAAAAUAUCCUAGACUUUAAGCUUUAUGCCGUUGUUAUUGACUAGGUAGAAUCGUAACGGUUUCUUUAGCGUUAAGAAUUGUUAAAUAUGCACGUAUUCUACUCGGGUACAUGCUGGCUGAAAACUUUAAUACAGAGCCUUUUAUAUUAAGAUAUUAUCUAUAAAAAAAAAAAAUCUAACUUCAGAUUUUACAACCACUCUGCCAAAAGUAUUUUCAACUGAUAUGUGACUAUAUUUUCAACUGAUAUAUGACUAGAAGGAAAAUAUUAUUACUUGUACAAUUUUUAAUGAUUUAAUUAACAUUUUAUAUAAUAAUUUUGUGUCAUGGAUGUAGUAUAGGUGGGUGCUAAAGAAAUGGUUGUGCUCAUUCUUUUUGUUCAGCACGUCUUUUUUUUUCUAUUUUUCAAUCAACCCAAAAAAGGUUUUAUAUACCCAGUAAAUGUUUUCAGAAUCAGACUUUUUCAAAUAACUUUAUUUAAUUUAUUGAUUGAUUAAAACAUGCAACAGAUAAAAAAUGCUAGUUGAGGUAUUAUAGCAGUAUAUGUAUAUAACAUUAAAAUAUAUAUAUAUAUAUAUAUAUACAUACAUAUACAUAUAUAUAUAUAUAUUUUAAUGAUUUGUAUUCUCUGUGAGGGCAUUUGUGGGUAAAUGGUAUCGUAUCAUAUUAAUUGUGCUCUUCUUAUUUAGAUAAAAUAAAAAUAAGCAGAAUUAAAAUACUACAUUCACUAUCAUGAAUUUUCAACGAUAUAUUUAUUAAUUAUUUUUAUUAAAUAUUAUUAGGAAUUUAAUAUGUUGUUUAUAAGUAAUGCAAGUUAAUAUAAAAUAUGAGAGAUUUUUCCAAAUAUUCUAUAAUAAUUCAAUUUAGCGAAAUUCAAAUAAACAUCUUAGAUAAAUUUUAUGUGUAGUAUAGCUUCCUAACUAAUGUAUGGAGGACGUGCAAAUGAGUCAUUAAAUUCAUUAUUUCUUUGCGAUGAGUUAAAUGUUUGUUCUACAAAGUCUACAUGUAUCUCUUUUUAACUAAUACCAAAUGAUUUUAAAUUUUUUAUUUUUAUGACAUUGAAAUAGGUACAAUGAAAACAAACGAAUUGUUUUUUAUACAAUAAUUAUAUAUUUUUUUUUUAUAAUUUUGUCAACUUUUCUUUAGGUUAAGUUAUUGUUCUAGUGUUAUGAAUUAAGUUUAGUAAUUUCGUGUAAUGAAGUUUAUGUGUAAGCACAGACAAAUAUUAUUGUGUAACAGAUGCGUUCACAUUUUAUUAAAAUCGAGUGUCAUCUGUGCAGCUAUAAAGUGAAUCGAUUAUUUUGCAGCUAUUAUAUUCCUUAUUUCUGCUUAACUAAUAUACUAUACCUCCGGCGUUAAACCGAAUUUGAUGCACAAUUUUUUAAACAUAGAUAAUAAUUUCAAACCAUAUUAUUAACUUCAUACUAAUAAGUUUCUUCAUGGCACAAUCGAGUGCUCGACGAUAUAAAUAAAUUUCAGCAAAACA